CUCGCUUUCCCGUCUUGGCUCGGCAGUCUCGGGUGGAAUGGUUGUGGCGAUAUGUGGAGGAGGAGCAGGAGUCCCUCUUCUUCUUCUUCGAAAUGAUGGAUCCUUCACACAUAGAGGCGAUAGAAAGAGAAUACAAACAGAUAGAAGACAAUGAGGCAUGGAGUCAAGUGUAUCAGAAGAUACGCAGCGAAGGGAGUUUUGAUUUACCAUGUACAGAGGCCAAAAAGACUGUAAAUAGGAAUCUAAAUCGAUAUAGAGAUGUUCUUCCAUAUGACCACACCAGAAUAAAACUAAGUGGAACCAAUACAAACUAUAUUAAUGCAUCACUUGUUCAGAUUAAAUGUCACCAGUACUGGCCUCUUGGUGAAAGUGAAGGAGGUGAAGAUGUAAUGAUGAUCACACCAGUUGGGCUCAAGGUAGAGCUAAUCAGUGUCAGUCGACACUCACAUUACAACUACAGCACCCUCAGAUUAGUGGACAUGAACUCAGGUGACAGCCAGCUAAUCCUCCAUUUCCACUAUACAACCUGGCCCGACUUCAGUGUUCCUCAGUCUCCCGAGGCUUUCUACAAGUUCCUAAGUGUCGUCAGAGCGAGUGGUGUCUUAGAACCUGAUGUGGGACCAGCUGUGGUCCACUGCUCGGCUGGCAUUGGGCGAUCAGGAACCUUCUGUCUGGUGGAUAGUGUCCUUAUGAUGAGGUGCUGCUGGAUAUGCGACGGCAACGCAUGGGCCUCAUCCAAACCCCAGACCAGUUGAAAUUCUCAUAUCAAGCCAUUAUUUAUGGUGCACAUAAACUAAAUGAAAUGAAUGGCAAGAUGCUCCAGCAAGACCUCUGCCAGCUGAACCAGCCACUGAUGGUUCUGGGCCAGAAACUACCCCUCUACCUAGUCCAGUUGAUGAUAUGCCAAAUGACGUACGACAGCGGAAGCGACGGGAACGCAUUGAAGCCACUGCAGCCAAGGUCAAGAACAUGGUAGACAAGCAGAGAGCCAACGAACAGUGGCAAGAGAAAAAGAGGUUAAUAAUGAGGCCCAUUUCCCUAUGUGUAGCCUUUGUUAUGCUUGGUUUGGGCGGAGGCGCUCUUUUCUAUCGAUACUUUCAUGCAUAGAGGAAUCUAGGAGUAUGCAUACGGGUACUCAAACAACACCAUUGGCUGAUAUUAGUAUUAUUAUUUAUUAUUAUCUUUUUUUUCUCUCACUUUUUUUUUUUUUUUUUCUUUAUUCUUUUUGUGGAUUCACAGUUGCCUAAGAAAUGAAUGCAUUUGAAAAAAAAAACUUAUCUUUUCUUUUUAUAAAUCUAUUACUGUUUAACAAUUAUUUUGUUUGUUGGAAUUACAUUGAAAAAUAGUUGAUAUUCCCUCUGAGAAGAAAUAAUAAUAUUUUCCCAUAACUUGUUUUUUAUUUAAUAUUAUAGAAAAGUUUGGAGAAAGUAGAAUGAAUGAAGAAAUCAUGGCAGCUUUAGUGCCAGAUAUUUUUUAGUAUUUUCAAGCACAGAUUUGAAUUUUAUUUUUACCUUUUUUCUCAAAGAUAAAAUCACACAUGGUGCACUUCUGUAACAUCACAUGGUUAAGAAUGUUAGAGGAAAAAUAAUAGCAGUAUUAUCCUCUGUGCUUCAGACUUUUUCUUCUCAAAUCUUUGAGUUUAAUAAUGAAUUGAUCAUUUAUUUCAUUUUGGCUUAUGUAUGUUUUUUUAAAUUUUAUUAUAAUUUCAUUUGUAAUAUAUUUAUAUAAAUAUUCAACUACUUAGCAAAAGCAAUACAGUAUUUUGAUGAUAUAUAAGGCUACUACAGGAC